AAAUAUUGAUCUUAGAACUCUAAUACUGAAUAAUAUUUCAGUGAAAAACUGUGUUAAGACUAAAUAUGAUGGAAUACGAUUUAGCAAGAAUUGAUUAUAUACUUUGUGGUAUUACCUAUCCUGGCACUCUCAAAAUUCUGCCUAAUCCUGGUCACAAAACCCAGCAGAAGUUUGCCGUCGGAGAUAAGAACGGUGUUUUACAAUGUCUUUGUAUAAAAGACGAAGAACCAAUUGUACAGUUUAAAACAUUACCAGGGAAACCAAUUACGUCAAUACAAGUCGCAUCGACAAAUGGUAAUCAUAUAGAUAAAAUUUUUGCAGCAUCUGGCCAUGAAGUAAAAGGUUACACACGGAAAGGCAAAGUAUUUCUUACAAUCGAAACCUCAGUAUCAGAAACAAUAACAUCGAUGUGCAUUUUGAAUAGUGAUUUGGUACUAUGCAGCGGACGGACGGUUACUUUCUACCGCGACUUGAGAGAGAUUUACACUUACGCUUGCGAGGAUCGAGUGUUAGACAUUGCCGCCUUUUCUACGCCAAAUAGCACUCGUGUCCGUCUGCUGGUACUGGUUGGCAACAAGGGCGCUGCGGUGGUAGAGAAUGGAGAGCUCCUAGCGCGGACGCAGAUACCAUCAGGGCCAACUCGUCUCAUCGUACCUCCUGCACACCGCACGGCGGAACUUGCCGUGUUCUACGGUGCCUCUGAUGGCUCUAUAGGACUCAUUCAAUACGAGACGGAUCUAUCGAGCACAUGCCUGGUGGAAGGCGGCGGGCUGGGCGCGGUGGUGUGCGUUGGUUGGUACUUUAGCAACGGUGCUCACUUGGCGGUCGGUCGGCACGACGGCUCCGUGCAGCUCUACCUAGUUGACUUGGACAAUGUAAAUGAGAAGCCACGGUUAAAGUUUACUUAUUUUUGCGGUGAGCCAAUAACAUCAGUUUGUGGUGGUAGUGUGGGCACAGAGGAAACCGAACUAUUGGUCUCCACAUUCUCUGGCAGAGUGUUUGCUUUACGCUCCCAGCGCCUGAUCUCUGGAGGGGUGGCGUUGAACAACAUGACUCCUGAAGCUCUAGCUUCAAGAAGAAAUAAACUCGAGUUAGAAGUGGCGCGGUUGGAAAAACAAACAGCUGCUGAACGAGAAAAAUACCAACGAAAUACACGUUCUUUAAAUGCCGGGAUGUCAACACCACCGCUCUUGGAAAUUCAAUAUGAGUUAACAGGUGCGAUGCUAAAUGGUUGGCAAGAAGUGGUUAUCACUGCUGGCGUUCCUUUGGAUAUGCUUUUUAUUUAUUGCAAUAAAAAGCUUGAAGUACAAACUGACAGUGCUGCGGUUUUAAGCGUUUGCCCUCCGCAGGGCAAGGCAUCAGAAAUCCUCGCAACUGUGAGAUGUCAAGCAGGUACGAGACGUAUUUGGCUACAAAUGCGGGCAGCCGUUGAUUGUGGUCCUGAGAUAACUGAAGGUACACAAGUACUGGUAUACGUGCUGCCCGCCGGCGCGCCCAGGAUAGCUAGGCUCAUCAAACUGUCAUUGCCUGCCUUACCGCAAUACUCACAGCACGUAGACCCAGACCGUGCAGAUGACAGAGUCUGGUGUGAAUUGAGUUUGUCGGGCGGGUUUUCCGUGGCUGAAAUGACGUCAUGGCUCAGCGAGGCGCUGCCCGGUGAGCUGCCGAGACCUGCGGUCAACAUUACCUUCGCCAGGGAGCAUUGUCUCUUGAAGACAAUCCUUAUUUGUCGAUAUCAACGAGGUGCCGCCAUAAUGAAAUCCGACAAUGUAUCAACGAUCGCCACCUUAAAAGAUCUUUUGUCUUAUUGUUCUUUAAAGAGAGCGAUUCGUGUCGAUAUAUCAUGCGAUAUCCCGGAAAUGUGUUGUCCAAUGUUAUUUAAAAGUAUCAAAGAUCGAUUUCUAUCGGAAUAUCAGAGAAAGAAAGAAUUUCAUUUAAAAGAAGCUAUUGGUGCCCUUGAUUUAGAUAUAAAUACCAUUAACAACGAAUCUGAACCCAUUCUCUGUGAGGAAUACCUACGAGUAUGGAAAUCGGCGGAUGAUACAAAAAAUAAAUUGUUCUUCAAUGAUUUAGUCGCUACAGUGGAUCAAUGGUAUUCCGACUGGUGCAAAUUAUCUUUAUACGGUCGUGAUAACAGCAGCCAGAAGAUACAACUGAAGACAGCACUGCAAGAGUGUCAAGUGAAUGACAUUGAAAGCAUUCUGACGCAUAAUGAUUUACAAAUUGAUUCUAAUAUGUAA